GCACACCCAAAACAAGUUUGAAAAAAAAAAAAAAAAAAAAAAAAACCCCCUGGAUUGGGGAUUUUCUAGAUCCACCUAAUUCUAACUUGAACCUGCCUCCGUUCUGCGCCAGAUUUUGAGGCUACUUCCGUCGCAGCUUCCAUCGCAGCUUCCAUCGCAAUGGAGGCGCGUUUGCAAGACUGCCCUUUUUGUGGCUACCAUCCUGAAACGGAGUAUCAGCUGCUUCUACACAUGGAGCAACAUCACUCGGAAGAGGGCCAGUCGCCGUUCGUGGCUCGUGAUGGCUCACGCACCGCGAGCACAAACACACCCCCUGAAGAUGUUGGCGAUGGCUUCGUUCAGUGUCCUCAGUGUGAUGAGUACGUGACCAUUGCUGAGUUCAAUGAUCAUACAGAUCUCCACGGUGCAGAGAACGACAAUGAGUCCGAGGAUGAAGUACCCGACGAAGCCGGUGGUGGAGCACCGCUGUACGAUCGCACAAAUGGCAUCUACCAAUCUCCAUAUGGAAACAGCAGCAUCGAUCAUGAUCUGGAAGUCCUCAAACGCUAUAGCAAGAAGUCUUCUGCGUCUACCACAGAAACCAAGAAUCAACAAUCAGGCGCCACAGACCGUUGGAAAAACAUUCUGAAGCUUCCAUCGACGAUUAGGAGACAGGAGAUGGGAGACCCUACAGCCAACGGACAGGGCCCCAAGAAGAGACUUGGCAAAUCCGAGCUUGGUCAGUACGCUCAUGAGGAUGCCAUGCCUGCUUGGCUUACAGACUUGCUUCGCCGAAAGGGCCAAAUCACGCAGGGUGGUAUCAUCUCCGUUUUGGCGGGUCUGUUGAAGUCGAGCCGCAGCACCGAGUAUGCCUACCUCUGCAGUCCAGCGGUUGACCACGUCUCCAAACUAAAGAAAGAAGGUGGCUUCUGUGGUUACAGAAAUAUCCAGAUGCUCUGUUCUUAUAUAAUAGGUGCUCGAGCCGAGGGAGCCAGUUCCCUCAACGGCAGACUCCCCAGCGUUUUUGAUAUCCAGGAGCAUAUCGAAGGUGCAUGGGAUCGUAAUUUUAACGCACAGGGGAGGAUUGAGACUGGUGGAGUGAGAGGCACACGCAAGUACAUUGGAACUCCAGAGGCACAAGCCAUGUUUCUGAGCCUCGGCAUCCCGUGUAAUGCACAAGGAUUCAAGGACCCGCAUCCCGGCAAUGCCGAGAAGCGCCUUUUCCAGCACAUCGAGGAAUAUUUCGAGCAAGGCGACUUCGAUCCUGCCGCCAAAAUCCGGCGAACGAGGCUACCACCAAUCUACUUCCAGCACCGGGGCCAUUCUCUCACAAUCGUUGGUUUCGAGAAGAAGCACAACGGUGGCAGGGAGCUGAUUGUAUUUGACCCCAUGUUCAAUGAUAGCGAUUCUGUCAUGAAACUUGUAGGCCAACGAACGUUUUCGGUCAAAUCCCCUGACAGCAUGCUUAAGCUGUACCGCCGGGGAAACAAGUACCUGAAGCGCUAUAACGAAUUCGAGAUUCUUAAGUUGACCUCUCGACUUCCUGACGCCGAGACACAGGAUCAAACAGAGACAAGCAAAUACUAGCGUAACCAAGUAGCACCAGCCGAUGUUUAGCAAGGGUAAGAACAUCCCUCUCAAGACAAUCAAGGUCCUUCACAUAUUCCUGUCAAGAAGGAAGUCUUCGGAGAGUCGUCGAACCAUAGUGUUUGUGUGAUCGGUGGCUCAUAAAUAGUGGCGUACAUGAUAAGUUAAAGCAUGGCAAUGGCGUUUGCAUACAGGGGCAUGAGGAGUUUCAAUACUUGUGAGGCUUUACAUCCUAAAUGUCCAAAGGGCUAUAUUGAUCUUAUUUCAUGCCAUUUUCCACCCAGACACGCACUUUCUCGAGUGCCUUAUACCGAUGUGAGAUCUUGUUCUUCUCAACUUGGUCCAUCUCAGCGUAUGUUUGCCCGUCAUAUUCGAAGAUUGGGUCCCAGCCAAAGUAGGUUGGUCCUCUUGCGGGAACAAUCUUGCCCUGCGG